UCCUACCUCAGAAUUGUACGUUUAUAUACGAACAGCGUGUUUUGGUAUACCAGGCAGUUAGUAAUAUUGAAAGUGAAGAAAUGUUUUCAUACUUGCGAAGUCUUCUGGGCUUCCUGCCCAUUAAAAAGGAGAGCACACGCCGCGCAGCCGACGGAAUUGAGCCGGAAGCGAUCAUCGACUUGACCGAAGAGGUAGUCCCCAUCACCAGGCAACUGGUCGAUGAGAACAUGGACCCCUACGAGUGCCCGGUUUGCUUUGACUCACCCAACGAGCCGGUGGCCACCCGGUGUGGGCACGUCUUUUGCAAGGAAUGUCUGAUCAGUGCACUGGAGCCAUCAAAACUCUGUCCCAAGUGCCGGGAAACCGUGACCAGUUUCGUUCGCUUGUAUACUUAUCUACCUUAAAAUAUUGUUUUUCAUGUUUAAAGUUGUUUUUGAAUUCGAUGCUGUCGGUCCACUUCAGACGCGGACAGUAGAAGAUGAAAUCGCAAUGAAAUAAACCAAACCAAAGCAUUAGGAUCACUAGCCGAAUUUUGGGAAUUCCGACUUUAAAUUUCUUAGGAGGACAUUUGGGAGCUUAAUUAGAUACUGAAGGUAGG